UUAUAUAUAAAGGAUGAAUCUCCACUGUUAAGACACUUGAAACAUUGUGCAUCAAGUACAUAUUUGUAAACUCUACGACUGAUUAAAAUCAAUUAGAAUUUCACUACAAUUAAUUGGUGAUAUGAAGUUGUGGAAAGUCAUAAUAGUGUUGAUAAACGCUUCUCUUUUACUACUCAAUAAUUUAUUGAUGGCAUCUCCUUUAAACGAUUAUUCUGACAACAUUAUAGAAGUUCCUGACAAUGAUGAGUUUAUGUAUGUAGUAGGCGAUUACCUUGCAAAGGAAAUAGGAUACGAUGAUGACUUAGCGUUUUAUCCCUCAUUACAAAAAAGGAAACCAUCAGUUUUCAAAUAUCUUAAAUCAUGCGUUCCUAGAGGUGGAAAUUGUGAUCAUCGACGAAAAAGUUGUUGCAACAAUGGAUCAUGUAGAUGUAAUUUAUGGGGUGGUAAUUGCAAGUGUCAAAGGAUGGGAUUUUUUCAAAAAUGGGGCAAAUGAACGCAAAAACUUUAUUACUUACCUGAAACAACAAUAAUGGUACACCCGCUGAUGAAUUACAUCAUCCAUGGUUCCUUUAUUUGAUGAAUAUUAUUUACAGUUUUUUUAAACUGAGUAAUUAAUUGUAAUGAUCUGAAUAUAUUAAUUUCAUUUAAAAUAUUUAAUAAUAAAACUGAAAUAAAAAUGUUCAAUAUAAUUACAUACAAGCGUUCUAAAAGUUAUGAACGAUGAAACAAUAGUAACUGAGUUAUUACUUACUGAGUUAUUCUAAGUCUUUGAUCGGGAUAAAUUAUAAUUUUCAUAGCGAUAAAAGUGACUACUUCUCAUUUCACAAAAAAUAAAUUUAAAAUCUUUAAACCUAGGCGGAUAAAUGUUAAUAAAGAAGAACAGGUCAUAAUUCAUUACAUUACGAAAACCUUUAAUAGCUAUUUAUAUUGAUUUGCCUUAUGUUGUAUAUUAUUACCCAAAUACUUGGCACACCUUUUACUGGAACAAUUUAAAUAUUAUAAAAUAAGUCUUGUAUAUAGAUUUAAAAAUAAAAAAUAUACAUAAUGCAUUUAUACAUUUACAUAUGUACAUAUAUGAGCUUUACAGCUACAAUUAAGAAAGCCCUAACAAUAUUAUUUGAUUUGGGACAUUUCAUUUCAUAUACCAUUAUAACUCACUAUGCAUAAGUUUGUUAUAUAAAGUAAACUUGGAAUGUUAAGAAAUUAUGGGUAACUACUAAUUUUUAAUUACUUCAUCACUAAGUUACAAUAUAA